UUGCUCUCUCUCUAUCUCGGCUCAUAUUUAUUUCUCUGCUCGCUCUCUCUCCCCUAUGACCAAACAUCACUUACGACAGCUACCCCCACCUUGUGCCUCGCCCCUCCCACGGCCCCUCCCACGGUUUAGGAUCUAGAGAUCUUUGCUGUCUUUGGAUUUAUCGUCCAAGUGUGUUGAGAUGCCGAAAAAUGCUUCGGAUCGUACUGCAGAUAAUGCUGAAACCCGUAAUAGGCUUCAGCAAGAGCGAGUAUUCCUUAACGCCUUGACCCCCACGCAACAACGCCUCAGACAGAGACGAGCCAAUGCGCCAAACAUCACAACGAAAGUCUUGGGUGGGUUUGUUAGAACCUACGCUUUUGACGAAUUAUCCAAUGACAAUGUCCGUGACGGCACAAUGACAAUUGAGUAUGAUGAUGAGCGGUCUGAUACUCACCCUAUCACAGUACUGAUCUUAGAGAAUGCAGACAACACUAGUGAGACUGGAGAUUACAUUGUUGCGCAUACUGAGAAUCUUUCUAGAUAUGGUGGUGACUUAAUUGUGCGACCAUAUUUCAGUACGUUUGCCAUUAAAAUCCAGCAAUAUAUAGUAGCCUAUGAGCCAUUCAGACCCAACUAUAUUCAGGCAAUACACAGGGAACCAUUUUUUUCUGCUGAUGGGCGCUUGUCAGAAUCUUGGCGAAACAGGAUGAGGUCAUUCAUACAACUUCUCCAUUAUGCGGCAAAGCGCAAAAUCACACAUGGUAGUCUCUCAGACCCUACCAGCUAUGUGACUUGCCGUGAGGAUCUGAAGAUAAUUAGUGUGGGGCGACGUGCUCGUGGAAAAUACGUUGUCGGGAAAGACAUGGAAGAUCUUAUGGCUCUUAUAUCUACACAAUUCCCCCCGAGUUUGACUAACGACGAGUGGGGAACCCUGAAGAAGCUUCUGCUUUCACAGACCAUGAGGGACCCAGUUAGAGUCCAUGCUUAUCAUACUUAUUACUGUCGUGACUGGCUAGCAGCUGCCUUGCGGCACCCAACUUUAUUGGGCACCACCGAAGAAAUACUGGAAUGUUUUGUACAUCUCCACUCAGAUGCGAUGGGGCUGGACGAUAUCACUGGGGAGAAAGCUAGGUUCUCUAAUAGGAUUUACAAGGACUACCAGCAAUUUAGAAGUUACUUCCGUCGCGACGUCACCAAUGACGCAGUGGAUAACGAGUAUGAUUUCCGUACUAAUGGAGUUGUUCCGUUUGAUGGAGUUUACAAAGCCCUCUUCACAUUCACACACAGCAGUUAUAUGGUACUGAAAGAGGACCCUCGCUAUCCAAAAACAAUGAAUGACUUCGUAUACAACGAUCGUGAUAGUUACUGGUCACCUAAUUAUGGUUCACGAUUUAUCUAUAUCAAUGUCCUUAGGUUGGUUCAGAAUCUGAUAAAGCAUGGAGUUCAACAGGAUCCGCGUUUUAACAAUCAGGACUAUCUCCUCGCUGAGAUCAAAACUCGUUUCAAACAUUUUAUGUAUGCUUGCUACACCCUCCUAAACAUGAGGGAGGAUUGGAUUACUAAGAUAACGCGCAAUCCAUAUAAAUAGAUCAGGACGAGGAAGUGGCCCGACCUCAACAACCGGAGAUUCUGGAGUAUGGAUGGAGUAUGGAUGUGAGAUGGACAGCAAUGGCUUUGAGCCAUUGAGUUGGUCUCUUUGGUACUUGUGCAUCUUCGCUGAGUACCUCCUUAUCAGCGCUGUGUCGCUCGUAUCGGAUCUAUGACCAUGUAUCGAACUACACCUCUAGUUAUUAUAUGUAGCUUAUGUGCGCUGAGUCGCAUUUGUUUGGUCCCUCAGACCUUGUAUCUUUUCAUUGGAAUAUUGUCUUAACUCAAAGGGCCUAAUUUUAAAGUCAGCUAGCUUCCUUUCUAAAA